UGAUGUGUCAGAGUCCGCUAAUUUAUUUUAUGUCUCAUCUGUCGUUUGUGAUAUUUAUUAAUUCUACUAAAAGCGAUUAAUUUUUUUGCUUCAAUAUGGUUCUUGAGAGUACGAUGAUUUGUGUGGACAACAGUGAUUAUAUGAGAAAUGGAGAUUUCCUACCAACAAGGCUGCAGGCUCAGCAAGAUGCCGUAAAUUUGGUAUGUCAUUCUAAAACACGAACAAAUCCUGAAAAUAAUGUCGGUUUACUGACUUUGGCGAAUGUGGAAGUGCUUGCUACAUUGACUAGCGAUGUCGGUCGAAUCCUAUCCAAGUUACACCGCGUUCAGCCUAAUGGAGAUAUCAAUAUACUGACCGGAAUAAGAAUUGCACACUUAGCUCUAAAGCAUCGUCAAGGGAAAAAUCACAAAAUGAGAAUUGUAGUUUUUGUGGGUUCGCCGAUAAACACGGAUGAGAAAGAGCUCGUUAAACUUGCUAAAAGGUUGAAGAAGGAGAAGGUUAAUUGCGAUGUUGUCUCAUUUGGUGAAGAUUCUGAUAAUAAUCCUCUGCUAACGUCCUUUGUGAACACCCUGAACGGCAAAGAGAAUACAGCUGGUGGUAGUCACCUGGUGUCUGUACCAUCUGGUGGCUGUGUGGUUCUGUCUGAAGCCUUGAUCUCCAGCCCAGUUAUUGGUGGUGAUGGAGCUGGUCCUUCAGGGUCUGGAUUGUCGCCGUUCGAGUUUGGUGUUGAUCCAAAUGAAGAUCCAGAACUUGCUCUCGCUCUUAGAGUAUCUAUGGAAGAACAAAGACAACGCCAGGAGGAAGAAACACGUCGCCAGCAGACAACUACUGAAGGUGAGGCUGAGAAACCUGGUGAAGCUCCAAACACUGCUGUGGAGAGACCGAUGGGCAUGUCACUUGGUCGAGAAGCCAUGGAGCUGUCUGAGGAAGAGCAGAUAGCUCUUGCAAUGCAAAUGAGCAUGCAACAAGAUACACCACAGACUGAAGAGAGUAUGGAUGUGUCUGAAGAGUAUGCAGAGGUAAUGAAUGAUCCAGCAUUCUUACAAAGUGUUUUAGAAAACCUACCAGGUGUGGAUCCCCAGAGCGAGGCUAUCCGAAAUGCCAUGUCCACAAUCAAAAAGGACAAAGAUGAGAAGGAGGAUAAAGAUCAGAAAGAGAAAGAUGGAAAGGGCUCAGGGUCAAAAGAAAAUUGAAGAUAAAUUAUUCAAUUUUUUUAUUUGUUUAAAUGCUCGUAAACUUUGAUAGUUAACAGAAACACUGUAAUGCUAUGUUCAGUAUAUUGUAAUAUAACGGUCAAUAAAUUGUAAUGUGCACCUA